AUGCAAGAGCAGCUUGACAUGCUGGCAAAGAGCGUACAAGAGUUAAUAAAACAGCAGAAUGCAUCUCAGAAUGCAUUAAUUAAUUCUAAUCAGCCUGAUAAAGACUCUAGCUGUAAUAAGAAGAACAUCCUAGCCAAUAAGGCUCAAGAGGUUAUACCAGCCGAAGAGGCUGAGGAAGAGAAAUCACCAGAUGGGGUUAAUGUGAAAACUCAGGAUCAGGCUAGGAAAGUCACUGAGUCUAUGGAGGAAGGAGAGCUUGGUGAUGAGGAUUACGACCUAGAUGAUGAGCUUCGAGAGGUCUUGGGGGAAGAGAUUCCUGUGACAGAGACCCCAGUCAAGAUUAAUGAUAAUCUAAAGAAAUGGUGGCAAGAGUGGAUGUCAAAAGGCUUGAUUGAGGAGGUGAGAGAAUCUCUGCUCAAAAAGCAACCAAAAAAUGAAAAUUUAAGUUCUGAGGCUCCCAAAGUUAACCUUAAGGUGCAGCGUCACUUAUUUGACAUAGCAAAGAAACGCGACGAUCACUUUGCUGAGACACAAGGUUGUAAGCUUAAUGAGAAAGUUAAGGAUGUGAAGGCAAUAGUAAAGGGUGCAUCAACGUCAAAGACCGCAGAAAAACCAGCAGCUAAAAAACAAACGCUUAGGAACCUCUCCCAAGGAAACUUCAGAGGUCCACCUGCGAGAUCCAGGCAGGCAGAGACACACAGCAGGAUCGUCGAGAACAGCCCAGAAGGUGACCACGGAAAAGAAUGCGAAGUAAUUCUGGUUUCUAAAAAGGAGCCACAGGAGGUAAAUACAUUAGCAGGAAGACUUAGUUUUUUCACUGAGCAGUGGGAAAGUAUUUCCGAUGACAAAUUCAUCAUUGACUGGAUCAGAGGUUACGAUAUUCCUUUCAAGACCCGUCCUAUUCAACUUAUUGAUCCUAGAGAGCCUACAUGGUCCUCUAGUGAUGCUUUAAGAGUUCAAGGGGCGGUCGAUAAGCUUUUACAGAAAAAAGCUAUUGAAGUCUGUACAGAUGCCGAUGACCAAUUCGUAUCGACCUAUUUUUUAAUUCCAAAACCGGACGGGUCGGAUCGUUUUAUUAUUAAUUUAAAGAAAUUGAAUGACUAUAUAGAGACAGAGCACUUCAAAAUGGAAGACCUGAGAUCGGCGAGACAUCUUAUUGAUAGGGGAGCAUUUAUGGCUAAUUUAGACUUAGAGGACGCGUACUUCUUAGUACGCGUGAAUAACGUUAGUAGGAAAUAUCUUAGGUUCAGGUUGAAGGGUCAACUUUAUCAGUUUACUUGUCUACCGUUCGACCUGUGCUCCAGUCCUUUUUCUUUUACUAAGAUAAUGAAGCCGGUAGUCAACAUGCUCAGAUCAAGAGGACUUUUGUCUGUCGUUUACCUAGACGAUUUUUUAUGCAUAGGUAAUAGUUAUAAGAGUUGUAAGAGUAAUAUACAGACAACAAUUAAAUUGAUGGAGAGUCUGGGAUUUAUUAUAAAUUGUAACAAAAGUUCGACGACUCCUACCAGAAGAUUUAAAUAUCUGGGCUUCGUAUUAGACUGCGAGAAAUAUCAGGUAGAGAUUACUAAUGAAAAAAGAACUCAAGUUAAGAAGAUGCUUGAUUCCAUUGACUUAGGUAGUAGUUACAGAAUAAGGAUUAUAGCUCAAUUGAUUGGAGUUUUGAUAGCAUGUAUUCCGGGAGUAGGAUAUGGAAGGACAUAUAGUAAAAGCUUAGCGAGAGCAAAGUGGUUAGCUUUGAUGAUAAACAAUAAAAAUUUUGAAGGCUUUAUGUUAUUAAAGAAGGAUGUUUUUGAAGACAUUAGAUGGUGGAAAGAUUACAUUAUGUCGGCGAACAGUAGAAUAAAGUCCCACAAUUAUAAGUUGGUGGUAACUUCGAAUGCCUCCAGAACAGGAUGGGGUGCGAAGUCUAGCGGUGUAGUUAUACAGGGUUUCUGGAGUCUAGAGGACUGGAAAUUUCAUAUUAACUAUCUACAGCUGUUAGCGGUCUUCUUUGCGUUAAAAUGCUUCGCAUCAAAGCUUUAUGACUGUGAAAUUCUUCUGCGUAUAGACAAUACGACAGCUAUUGCCUGCAUUAAUAAGGCUGGUGGUAUUAGGUACCCAGUACUCUCAGAGCUUGCAAGGAAGAUUUGGCAAUGGUGUGAGGUUAGAAGGAUUUGGCCGGUUGCAACGUAUAUUCCUUCAGCUUGGAAUGUGGACGCAGACGCUGCUUCGAGAGUAAGAAACUUAGAUACUGAGUGGGAACUAUCCCCAGUAGCUUUCCAAAAAAUUCUAAAAGUUUUGGGCUCACCGUCUAUUGACCUUUUCGCCUCACGCAUUAAUAAAAAAUGUGUAAGAUUCUGCUCUCGCUAUCCAGAUCCAGACGCAGAGUCGGUUGACGCGUUUACGGUGUCUUGGGGUAAGGAAUAUUUUUAUGCCUUCCCUCCAUUUGUCUUGGUCUUACCAACUUUGAGGAAAAUAAUCAAUGAUGAAGCAGUGGGUAUUGUGACAGGAGCUUCAUCCACUGGCAACGAAACUCUCACUUGUGGUCGGGAAAUUAUCAGGGAAGCCUUCGUCAUCAAAGGCAUCAAGGAAGAGUCAAUAAGCAUAAUGUUGAGUUCGUUGACGGAGUCAACGGUAAAACAAUACGAAAGACCUUUAAUAAGAUGGCUCGUAUUUGCACAAGAGAAUAAUAUUGAUGCUUUUGAAGCAGCAAGCACCGAAGUCAUUAGUUUCUUGGCAUCGUGGUUCAACGAAGGUGCGAAAUACGGGACGCUCAACUCAUCGAGAGCAGCCAUCUCUCUUAUAUCGAAGAACAGUCUCUCAAAUGAUCCUCUAAUAUCGAGAUUCAUUCGAGGAACUUACAAGAUAAGGCCAGCGCAUCCUAAAUACUCAGAAACCUGGGACACGGACAUAGUGCUCACAUAUAUUAAAACGAUGACAAAUCUGGAUAAGUUGAAACUGAAAGAGCUAUCAGAGAUUACAGCAACACUGUUAAUCCUCAUGACAGUUCAUAGAUUGCAAACUUUAGCCUUAAUCAAAACGGGAAAUAUAAUAGAAUCAACUGUUGGAUUGAAGAUUAAAAUAUCUGAUCUGAUCAAAACGUCUAGACCAGGGGCUAGUGUCCAGACGAUUGGACACUGGAUUAACGACUUACUGAAGAAAGCAGGAGUGGACACUGAUAUAUUCACUGCAUAUAAGGCUAAGCAUGCGGCUGUAUCAAAAGCUUACAGCAAGGGCGUAAAUGUUGAUACCAUUCGAAGAACUGCAGCGGGUAAGAAGUAA